AUGGAUAUGUUGAGCCCAACAAAACUGAUGGAGAUUGCAUCUGCAAUGCAAUCCAAGGCCAAGACAAAGAUAAUAAGAUCUCAGAGGAGAGAAGCUCAAACUAUACAGACUGCAGUUGACAUAUUUUCCAGUCUAUUACCAGAGACUGAUAUUGAUAGUCUCACAACUCCCAUUGAAAAACUGGACCACUUGGUCACAACAGCAGGGGAGCAAAUGAAAAUUCUUGGAGAGGCUUCUCUACAUAAUGUAGAGAAAGAAUAUGAAAAUAAAAGAAUUGAGACAUUGAUCAAGCCAAUUGACAAAGAUGGAGAAGGUCUUACUGUGAAUAUGGACCAAAUAAAAGAAGCCUUGAUGAAUGGAGCUACUAAGGAAGAGCUAGAUGAAACUCUUGCUAAGGCAAAGUCAUCUUUCAGGUUGAAGAAAAGGUUGACAAGAAUGUUAAUCAAAGAGACCCAAUCAGUCCAUGAGGAGACUGAACAAAUCUUGAAGAAGGUAUUGGGUUCGAUUCAGGAUGAAGAGGAAGAAGUUAAGGAAGUUGAACCAGGGAAGUUUGAGGCUGAAGAUCUUCCUGAUGGUUUUAAGAUAAUUGAUUUUAAGCCUGAUGAAAUUGUGCUAGAUAAUCAACCAGUGUACACACAAACUGAACCUGAGAUUAUCCCUAAUGAUGAUGAUACCGGUAAUAAUAAUGAUGAUGCUAAUGCUACUAAUAAUGAACAGGGACAGGGAGAAAAGAAGAAUGAAGAAGAAAAUAAGGAUGAGGAGCCAUCGGUAGUAACUCAAACUGUUGAUACACAAACCCCAUCAAUACAAGAAACUGCAAAGGAUAAGGGAAGUGAAAAGAAAGAGGAGAAGAAGACAGUGAAGACAGAACCUAAAGUGACACCUUUGUCACUUGAUUCUAAAAAGAAAAUUGUGGAUGAAGAUGACGACAAUGCAAUAAGUAUUCAAGGACCCAUUAAUAUGGAUAUAAUGAGCUCAACUGAGUUGAUGGAGAUUGCAACUGCCAUGCAAUCCCAGGCCAGGAAGAAGAGAAUGAAAGAACAACAGAAGGAGGAAGAAACAAUAAGAAGCACUGUUGAGAUUUUGUCAAGUCUCCUACCAGGGACUGAUACUGAUAAAUUUGUUAUUCCUAUUGACAAGCUUGGACAACAUGUUAAUGAUGUCGAAGAACUGAUGAAAUCUUUUGAGGAUGCAACUUAUGUUAGCGUUGAGAAGGAUUACAAGAAGAAGAUAACAUAG